AUGACAGUUGAAACAGAGACAAUAAAAAAUCCUAAAGAAUCUCCAUCAAAAGCAAAACGUAAACGUGCGUCACGUUCAAGUUCAAGUGGAUCAAGUUCAUCAGGUACAACUAGCUCAUCGUCAGCUUCAAGUCGUUCGUCAUCAUCAUCAUCGUCGAAUUCGUCAUCAUCGACAAGUCGUUCGUCGUCAGCUGCAUCAUCACCAGAAAAAAAGAAAGAACAUAAUUCAAAUAAAAACAAUACAAAUAAAUUAUCAAAAAAAAAUUCUUCAGAACAUGGACCAAUCGAUGAUAAAAAGAAUGUUGUUGCAACAAAUCAACCACGUCGUAAUCCUAGUCCUUUAUUACAACGACAAGAGAAAGAAAAAGAACCAACAAAAAUUUAUAUAGGCAAAUUAUCAUUAAAUGUCAAUAAAGAACAUUUAGCUGAAAUCUUUGGAACAUUCGGUGAAAUAAAGGAAAUUGAUUUACCAUCUCAUCGUAUACAUCCAAAUCUACAUCGUGGGUUUGCUCAUGUUGAAUAUGUUGCAGCUGCUGGCGCUGAGCAAGCAUGUAAAUUUAUGGAAGGUGGCCAAAUUGACGGAAAAGAAAUUGUUUGUGUACUUGUUCAUGGUCAACCAUCACAUUUAUCUACUGAUAGAAAUCGUCGAGAACCAUCACCAUAUAAUCGGAGACGUCGACGUUCACCGUUACCACCAUCACGUAACUAUGGACCACCGAGACGUAUGGGAGAUCGCGAUCGCGAUCGUGGACGAUAUAAUGACCGACGAGGUCGAUAUUCACCACCGUCAAGAAAUUAUCGACGUGGACAAUCGCCACCACCAUCUAAUCGACGUGUAGGUCCAAGUGGCAAUACGGUUGAAUCACCAAAACGAAAAGAACGUCGAUAUUCACGAUCAAGUUCGAGUGAAUCAAAAUAA